CAUUCAUAAAAAACAACAUCACAAAAUGUCGUCCUUUAGAUGCAUCGUCCCUCCUGGUCCCAGCGCCGAAUGGAGUACAGCAUACCACUACUCUCAAGCCGUCGAUCUCGGAAACGGCUUCUUCAAGAUCUCGGGUCAAGGCGGUUGGGAUGAAAACAGCGAGAUCGCAUCCGAUACUCGGAAAGAGGUUGAGCUCACCAUUCAGCACAUCGACGACGUGCUCAAAGCUGCAGGCCUUCGUGGCUGGGAGGACGUGUACUACAUGCGGUCCUACCACACAGACAUCGACACUACGCUGCCCAUCAUUGCAGAGGUGCUUAAGAAGAGAAUUCCGGGGCAUCGGCCUGGGUCUACGGCCGCUGGGGUUACUAGGUUGGCGCUUCCGACUAUGACGCUUGAGAUUGAGGUUGAUGCGAAGAAGCACUCGGGUUGAGUAGCAGAAUUUUAUUACAGAGGAGGCAGUUGUUACUCUCACAUGUAUUCUCCCAGAAGACUAUCGUCAGCAAUCCCGAACAAGGUGUUUUCCGCUGCAAG